UUCUACUUGUUUAACCUACCUAGCUGGUUCUAAUUCUUUUAAGUUCUUAAACAAACUACUUUGUUGAGUUCAAUAUCCAAUUAAAGUGCUUCCUCAAAUCUGAUCCUCUAUCUCUCCAGGAAAAAAAAAGCUGGUAUCAAGAAAAGAAAGCGAGUUACUACCACUGGUACAUCACUAUCAAUAUGUGGAGGCUUAAGAUUGCCCAAGGAGGUGGCCCCUAUAUAUACAGCACCAACAAUUAUGUGGGACGUCAGACUUGGGAGUUUGACCCCAACUACUAUACAGAAGAAGAGCGUGCUAAGGUUGAAAAGGCUCGCGAGGAGUUUAGGAAGAACCGCCACCAUGUCAAGCCCAGUGCUGAUGUUUUAUUGCGCUUGCAACUCUUAAAAGAGAAUAAUUUUGUUCAAACUAUACCACCAGCAAAGAUAGGAGACAAUGAGGAUAUAACCUAUGAGGCAGCUACUGCUACACUAAGGAGGGCUCUCCAAUACUAUGGGGCUAUCCAAGCGAGUGACGGCCAUUGGCCUUCUGAAAUUGCUGGGGCACUAUUCUUCCUUCCACCAUUGGUCAUGUGUCUAUACAUCACUGGGCAUCUUAACACUGUCUUUCAAGCUGAGCAUCGCAAAGAGAUUCUUCGUUAUAUAUAUAAUCACCAGAACGAAGAUGGAGGUUGGGGGCUACACAUAGAGGGCCACAGUACCAUGUUCUGUACAACACUUAACUACAUUUGUAUGAGGAUUCUAGGAGAAGGGCCUGAAGGUGGACUAGAUGGGGCCGUUCCAAGAUCACGCAAAUGGAUCCUUGACCAUGGUGGUGCUACUAUGAUACCAUCUUGGGGAAAGACUUGGCUUUCGAUACUUGGAGUAUAUGAAUGGGAAGGCAGCAAUCCAAUGCCUCCAGAAUUCUGGAUUCUCCCAUCCUUUCUCCCCAUGCAUCCAGCUAAGAUGUGGUGCUACUGUCGCAUGGUUUACAUGCCCAUGUCAUAUUUAUAUGGCAAGAGGUUCGUAGGUCCAAUUACACCACUCGUUCUACAACUUAGGGAGGAGCUUCACACUCAACCUUACAAUGAAAUAAAAUGGAGCAGAACCCGCCACAUAUGUGCAAAGGAGGACCUCUACUAUCCUCAUCCCUUCAUCCAAGACAUGCUGUGGGAUAGUCUUUACUUUCUUAUUGAACCACUGUUGACAAGAUGGCCCUUUAACAAGUUGAGAGAGAUGGCGCUGAAAACAACCAUGAAGCACAUCCACUAUGAAGAUGAGAACAGUCGAUACAUUACGACUGGAUGUAUAGAGAAAGUGUUACACAUGCUUGCUUGUUGGGUGGAAGAUCCAAAUGGGGAUGCAUUCAAGCACCACCUUGCCAGGAUUCCAGAUUACAUUUGGGUUGCUGAAGAUGGAAUGAAGAUGCAGAGUCUUGGUAGUCAGCAGUGGGACACUGGUUUUGCAGUUCAAGCAAUAAUGGCGAGUAAUCUUCCACUCAAUGAAAUUGGUUCUUGCCUUAAGAAGGGGCACGAUUUCAUUAAAAAGUCGCAGAUACGAGACAACCCAUCCGGUGACUUUCAAAGUAUGUACCGUCACAUUACAAAAGGAGCAUGGCCACUCUCAGAUCAAGAUAAUGGGUGGCAAGUCUCAGACUGCACUGCAGAAGGUUUAAAGGCUUGUCUCAUGUUUUCACUAAUGCCACCUGAAGUUGUUGGUGAAAAAAUGAAAUCUGAGUACCUCUUUGAUUCUGUUGAUCUCCUUCUUACCCUACAGAGUAAUAAUGGAGGUGUGACAGCUUGGGAGCCAGCUAAGGGACAAAAUUGGUUAGAGCUCUUAAACCCUACAGAGCUUUUCGAAGACAUUGUUUUGGAGCAUGAGCAUGUUGAAUGCACUGGGUCAGCAAUUCAAGCUCUAGCAUUGUUCAUGAAGUUAUAUCCCAAAUAUAGGAGGAAUGAAAUAGAAAGUUUCAUCUCCAAAGCGGUGCAUUUUCUCGAACAGACACAAAUGCCUGAUGGUUCAUGGUAUGGAUUUUGGGGAAUUUGCUUCACCUAUGCAACAUGGUUUGCAGUGAGAGGACUAGCAGCAGUGGACAAGACAUAUUUUAAUUGUCAAGCAGUUCGUAAAGCUGUUGAUUUUCUAUUAUCAAGUCAACAAGAAUCUGGUGGCUGGGGAGAGAGUUAUCUCUCAUGCCCAAAUAAGAAGUACACACCUCUAGAAAAUGGUAGAUCGAACUUGGUGCAGACGGCAUGGGCAAUGAUGGGUCUUAUGCAUGCUGGACAGGCAGAGAGAGAUGCAACACCCUUACAUCGUGCAGCAAAGCUACUGAUUAAUUCACAAUUGGAAAAUGGUGAUUUUCCCCAACAGGAACUCACUGGAGUCUUUUGUAAGAAUUGUAUGCUACACUAUUCAUCAUAUAAAAAUAUAUUUCCAUUGUGGGCACUUGGAGAAUACAGGAGGCGAUUGGUUAUGAAAUCUACCAGGAACUUAUAAUAUAAAUGAAGCCCAAAAUUUUAAAGUUCUCCUUAUUCAAAAUAAUAGACAAUAAGGCAUUAAUCUUUUUUCUUCUUUUUCACUUAUUGUAUUAAGGGGCUGUGCUUGCUCGAAAAUGAAAAGUGGUUCUUAUAAGCUGAACAUGGGCAAAAUAAAAUUGCUGAGGCUGUAAUCUUUAUUGCCUUUUUAAAAGUUAUCACUAUUCC